AUGAAAUUCUUACUUAUCCUUUUAGUUGCCUUAUUAGCCAUCUCAGCUGUUUCAGCCAAUCAAUGUGGUAGAUUCGUUUGCCUUCCAGGUCACUCAUGUAUUGGUAACAAAGGUGUUUGGGGUUGCCAUUACCAUUGUGAAGAAUUAGUCAUUGAACAAAAAGUUGUAAAUAACUGGACUGAUGGUGUUAAUGGACCAGCCUCUGUUCAAGUUCAAGUAACCAUCACCAAUAGAUCACACCAAAAUAUCAAAGACAUCAUCAUUGCUAGUGCUGUUCAAUUAAACAAUAAUCAAAUGUGGGGUGUUGAUCACUGCACUUUUGAAAAUGGUGUUACUCUUAUGGAUUUACCAAACUAUGCUCAAGGUAUUGCCCCAGGUGCUUCAUACACCUUUGGUUAUGUUGCAAGAGGUUCAUCUGCUGCCAACUUAUAUGUUGAACACAUUUUAUUAAUGUAA